AUGAGUGACCAUCCGAACUUUGCGAAGCUAAAAAAGACUCAAGUGGGACAGCUGAAGCCAUGUGUUAAGGAAGGGUACCUUGUGAAGAAGGGUGCUGAUUUUCACACGUGGAAAAAGCGAUGGUUUGUUAUGAAGGAGCAGUACAUAUGGUAUUUCCCGAAAAACACUGGUAGUGCUCAACCGAAGGGUAUAAUCGAAUUGGACGGAAACUCUUCUGCAACAUUAGUCCUUGAUCAAAAAAAGCCCACUAUAGUCAUUAAAUCCGUUCACCGUACUCAGGAAAUUAACUCUGAUACUGUCGAAGACGCAAAGUCGUGGGUCGAUGCUAUUAAUGCACAUGUCAAGACACUUGGGUCUAACACUCAACAACAAUCAGUCACCCCAGCUCAAGUACCCCCUUCUCCACCUUCAAAUGCACAACAGACAACACAACAAUCACAAACAACGCCAAUUACCACUACACAGGGUAAUGCACCUUCUUCUAAUGACCCAUUGGCUACACCCCUCCCUUGGCAACAAGUCCAACAACGUAUCCAAGCCGAAGAAGGGAAAUGGGAUCCUGCAAAGAUCAAGGAGUUCAUGGUGACCCUUGGGAAAGUGACUUGUGAUCAGUAUUUAUACUCCAUCAUGCAAGCCGUCUUAUCGACUUGGCAAGACGAUGUCAUCGCAGCAUUUUGGUGGGACGACUUUUGCGAUGGCGACUUAGAAGAUUUGGAAACCGUCGUUGCUGGGAUGCAAGGAGACUCGACGGUGGCUGUUGGUACUGAUGGGAAGAACCUUGGACCGAAUGAGACUGUAUUUGUGCUUGGUCGUGAUGAGAAUGGAGCGAAACGAUUAGCGAGUAUCUACCAAUGGGUAGUGAAACGGGAAGAAUUCAAUUGGAGUGAAGUGACCCGUUGUGUGUUGAGUGCGGUGGGCAAUUGGGGACUGAAAACAUAUGAACCCUUUUUAGAGGUCUUUGUCAAUCAAAUCAUCAAAAACUGGAGUGCCUCAGAAAUUGCGGCUUUUGUGAGUUACAUUGCGUCGUACGCCCGCAAAAAUGAAGACCAAGCCUGGGAGACUUGGCCCCCUCAUGUCAUUACUUUCUUCAAAAAAAUGUCGUCUGAAUGGGACGCAGAGAAAAAGAAAUCAUUCCUUAACAUCGUCACAGUCAUGUGGGACUGGCCGAAGGAGAGCAUCCAACGCUUGAACUCAGUACUGCACGAUGGAGAGUAA